UGGCUGUGGCUUGACUGGCAGAGAAUGAGCUGUGUGUGAGUGUGUGUGUCAAAGAGCAGCAUGCUGCAGUGUGUGUUCACCACUGCCUGAGGACACACAGGGACAGCCCGGAUGAGCAUGGCGGAGCAGAAGAAGAUCCUGUGCGUGGGUCUGGUGUGUCUUGACAUCAUCAACGUGGUUGACAAAUACCCUGAGGAAGACUCUGACAGCAGGUGUUUGUCACAGCGAUGGCAGCGUGGCGGCAAUGCCUCCAACUCCUGCACCGUGCUGUCGCUGCUCGGAGCGCCGUGCACCUUCAUGGGCUCUCUGGCUGCUGGUCUGACAGCUGAUUUUAUUUUGGAAGACUUCCAGGCGUUCUGCAUUGAUGUCACUCUGGUGUCCAAGCACGCUCAGUGCGUCCCCCCAGCUUCCGUGGUCAUCAGCAACGUCAGUACAGGAAGUCGCACCAUCCUGCACAUGAACAGUUUCAUCAUGGCUGACUUCUCGCAGCGAGCGGUCGAUGUCUCGGCUGUGGUUUGGCAGGUCAAAGGUCAAACUCCGUGCGCGUGUUGUGUGGUGUGUCCACCCAACGGAACCCGAACUGUCUUUCUGUUCGAUACGAACCUUCCUGACGUCACACUGGAGGAUUUCUCUAAAGUCGACCUGGGUCAGUUCAAGUGGAUGCACUGGGAGGGCAGAAAUGCAGAGGAGCAGGUGAAAAUGAUCCAGCAGGUGGAGCGGUAUAACGGCACGCUGCCUCAGCAGGAGAGGAUCACGGUGUCUGUGGAGAUCGAGAAAACCCGCCAGCCGCUCUAUCAGCUGUUCCCAUACGGCGAUGUGGUGUUUGUCAGUAAAGACGUCGCACGCCACUUCGGCUUCGAGUCGGCUGAAGCUGCUGUGAGAGGAUUUUACAAUCGAGUCAAGAAAGGGGCCGUCCUUAUCUGUGCCUGGGCAGAGAAAGGAGCGGACGCUUUGGGUCCUGAUGGCGUGCUCGUUCACUCAGAUGCGUUUCCUCCUGAAAAACUGGUGGACACCCUCGGAGCUGGAGACACCUUUAACGCUGGCGUCAUCUUCAUGCUGUCAAACGGAAAAAGUUUGCAGGAAGCUCUCACCUUUGGCUGCAAGAUUGCAGGGAGGAAGUGUGGUUUCCAUGGUUACGACGGGAUCAUUGAGAAGACAAGCACCUGAAGAACAAGACAUGCUUUUACAGAAUUUAUUUCAGUCUUUGAGGAUCGUUUUUUAUUUUGUUGCUAUAGAGUAAAUUUUUAUGAUUAUUGUAAAUAAAACAAAGAUCCAGUUAGAGACAUUUUUCUUUGUCAAAAUUUUAACUUCAAGCAUUGUUUUAAUGCAAGUAUUGAAAAAUGUAAAUAAAUGUAACUUCACUUUCUCUCUGGCACCAUUAUGACAUGUUACUCAAAGGAAAAUCUCUAAAAGAUUUAAAUGGCUGAUUUACCCCCCACCCCCACCCCCAC